AUGAAGGUAGCAUUAUCGCAAUUGUGGAAAAUUAGAAUUCUGACUAAUAUUCUUAUGUUCGGGUGGAGGUUCAUUCUCAAUAGACUUCCUACAAAAGACAACCUAUUAGAGAGAGACAUUGAGCUUGCGGAAAUAGACGAGGUAUGUGUGCUGUGCGGAAAUUAUUCUGAAACUAGGAACCAUCUUUUUACGGACUGUAUAUUUAGUUUAAGGAUUUGGAAGGCUAUCUAUGCUUGGCUGGGCUACUCUAAGCAGAUUUCGGCGAAUGAUUUCGUGGAUUUUCCAAACAGAUUUUCUAAGAUGAACAAUAAAGCUGUUAGAGAAGUGGUUUAUAUUGUUUGGUUGGCAGCCUCAUGGACUAUAUGGCUUUCUAGAAAUGCUGUUAUUUUUGAAGACAAAAGCGCGAACCUUGAAGAUUGUAUUACGUCUAUAAAGUUCACUUCGUGGAAUUGGAUCAAUUCGGGUAGAUUCUCUUCUCCUUAUUGCCGUAGUUAUUAG